AUGCGAUCUUACGAUUCAAGAGGACCCGAGUAUCCUGGGAGGGUAUUAAUUCCAGGGUGGCGUCGACAAGCUCAACUGGAAUUCCUUCUCGGAAUUAUCAAAUCUUACAAUUUAGAGCUUAGGCGCUACCAUUGGUUUGGCGACGUAGAGGUCUUAGAUAUCGAAAAUGAUAUGUACGAGAAUAUCAGGUUGUUGGGAAAUGAUGGAUAUCUACCUACAGAUAUUGUCGAGUUGGCAAAUCGCCUUCAACGUGAUGCUCGGCCGACAAGAGGCAUUUAUCGGCUGCUUCAAUUUGCCUACCAGGUGAUUACUGGCUCGGAUCUCAACAUAUGUUUCCACAACAAUAGGAUUUGCGAUAAAAUGGACGCAAACGAUCGCAUCAAUGGUUUAGACAGAAAGGUUUUGGAUGAACGUAAUAAGGCUAGAUAUAAUGCUCUCGUCGAUAUGAAAAAGCACUGUCAGCCAGAUCGUGGCCAAAACGACAACGCAAACAGCUUGAAAAUCCUACUUGAUUGGGCAGAAAGAAACAUGAAAAGUUCUCAGGGUAAGGAAUCACCGCCCUCAGAUUCUGCAACAACUAGAAAGGAAGCCGAAGAGCUUCGGAAGCGAUUGCAAGCUUACAAACGAGAAGAUGCGAAGAGACUAGGGGCGGAAUCAGAGCGCAAAGCUCAUCGGCAUUAA